CACCUCCCCGGUGGCCUUCCUGGCCUCGGGGUCUGUGCAGCCUCCACCAGCCGAGCGAUGCCCCGCGGCGUGCGAGUGCUCCGAGGCGGCGCGUACAGUCAAAUGCGUUAACCGCAACCUGAUGGAGGUGCCCGGGGAUCUGCCUUCUUAUGUUCGCAACCUCUUCCUCACCGGCAACCAGAUGACGGUCCUCCCGGCUGGCGCUUUCGCCCGGCGGCCGCCUCUGGUGGACCUGGAAACGCUCAACCUAAGUGGCAACCACCUGAAGGAGGUGUGUGCGGGUGCCUUCGACCAUCUGCCGGGCCUGCGCCACCUCGACCUCAGCCACAACCCUCUCACCAACCUCAGCGCCUUCGCCUUUGCGGGCAGCAACGCCAGCGUCUCGGCCCCCAGCUCCCUGGUGGAGCUGAUCCUGAACCACAUCGUGCCCCCUGAGGAUCAGCGGCAGAAUGGAAGCUUCGAGGGCAUGGUGGCCUUCGAGGGCAUGGUGGCAGCUGCCCUGCGCUCAGGCCUUGCGCUGCAAGGGCUUCAUCACCUGGAGCUGGCCAGCAAUCACUUCCUUUACCUGCCUCGGGACUUACUAGCCCAGCUGCCCAGUCUCAAGCACCUGGACCUUCGGAACAACUCCCUGGUGAGCCUGACCUAUGCAUCCUUUCGCAACCUGACACACCUCGAAAAACUCCACUUGGAGGACAACGCCCUCAAGGUCCUUCACAACUCCACUUUGGCCGAAUGGCAAGGCCUGGCUCAUGUCAAGGUGUACCUGGACAACAAUCCCUGGGUUUGCGACUGCUACAUGGCUGACAUGGUGGCCUGGCUUAAAGAGACAGAGGUGGUGCCGGAUAAAGCCAGGCUCACCUGUGCAUUCCCAGAAAAAAUGAGGAAUCGUGCCCUCUUGGACCUCAACAGCUCUGACCUGGACUGUGACGCUAUCCUUCCCCCAUCCCUGCAGACUUCCUAUGUCUUCCUAGGUAUUGUUUUAGCUCUGAUAGGCGCUAUUUUCCUCCUCGUUUUGUAUUUGAACCGUAAAGGCAUUAAAAAGUGGAUGCAUAACAUCAGAGAUGCCUGCAGGGAUCACAUGGAAGGGUAUCAUUACAGAUACGAAAUCAAUGCGGACCCCAGGUUAACAAACCUCAGUUCCAACUCGGAUGUCUGAGAAGCAGGACUGGUCAAGGACAGCUCUGCAUGAGGUGUAGACUUCAAGUUUUUAUGUUUUGUUUUGUUUUUUUGUUCUUUCUUUACUAGGCUUGCUCCACUUCCACCCUCCACCAUGGACACCAAUGACUUUGACUGAAAGCAGUGAAGGGAUUUUGCUUCCUUGUUAUGUAAAACUCUUGGUGUGUUCUGUUAAUGUAAGAACAUGAACAACUGUGCAUACAGUGUUUAUUUACCCUUUUCCUUUCAGUACUCCUCGAUGCCUGCGGAGGGAUUUUUUUUCCCCCAAAAGUUCCAGCAUGGACAUGGACUCUUCCUUUAUUCAGUUCAAGUUGUAGCACAGAUAGCAUUCAACGGAAGCUGCCUCAAGUUUUUUGAGAAAAAUACUUUUUUCAUAAAUAUGAGUUUCAUCCUCAUCUACAUAAACUAUGGAGAAAAUAAUUGCAUCCCUAAACUGCCUGCAGACCUUAGCAAGCUCUUCCAUAGAACCUAGUGCACAGGUGCGCCUGCAUCCGAGAGCAUGCUUACAUUUUACUGUUCUGCAUAUUAAAGAAAAAUUGCAACUUCAGAUAACUUCUUUGACAAACUAAAUUACUUUUUGAUUGCAGUUUAUAGGAAACUGACCUAAGGGUUUUUCCGUUUUUUGUUUUUGUUUUUUUUUUUUUUUUAUAAACUGCAUUGAGAUCCAACAGACUGGAUUGUUUAAAAAAAAAAUCAAUAAAGAGUCUGAAAAGAAGCCUGAUGUGUUCAAGUUUGGUAUUUUGAAGCGAGGAUUAAAGGCAAUGAUACUGAAUGGUCUUGGUUCAGAUGAGAAAUCAUUAGUCAGCAGACCUGAGACCAAACUGGAGCAGUGUCUUAUAUACAUUGACACGAUAGUGCUGAAAUGGUGGAUUCUUUUAGGGCUUCAAUAGAAUUAAAAUUAUUACAGGGCCAGACUAUUAAAGGUCCCCAAGUUAAUGGUGUUCAGCGUUGUGAAGCUGGCAAUAGUAAAGAGUUCUUUACGGUAAACGCCUCACAGCUGCCACUUUGUAUAGACUAAUGACGUUGUUACGACAGAAAUAAUAUUAAAACUGAAUGAAGUUGCUCCGUGGAAUUUUAGAGCCAAGUGUGAGCUGAAGUGGCAACAAAUGUGUGAAAAUGAAGUAUCUUAAAAUAUUCUAGAAUAAAAUAUUUUAAAACACAAAAUAUUUUCAGAGGUCACAAAUCAGAAGUCAGAGUCAUGAGAAUAUUUUUUAAAAAAUUCAAAGUGGACCAAAGAAUGUAUUUUUAAAAUUACCAUGACUGCAUUUAAGCUUAAAUAAAUGACCAGAGAUAAAUAUUUGUAUCUAGGAACAAGUGUCAUAAGUAAUUAUUGGGUUUUUAUGCUCAGUAUUUUAAGAAUUUGAGGGCUUUUUUAAAAAGGCUAAGCCCUGAGCACGAUGGAAGUGUAUAUACCCCCAUAAGGAAAAAAACUAUAUUUAGAUAUAAAUUAUAGCAAUUCUUCAUUAAUAUUCUUGUUGUCCUUUACUUUUCUAGACAUCUCUAAUCCCCCGCCCCCUGUCCGCAUUGGCCAGUUACGGUAAACAGUAAAUUCCAUUAAUCUGUCUCCAAGUCAGUAAAUAAAGGAACUUAAAUUUAGCCAUUAUUCCCCAACUUAAAAUAGGAGGACACUUGCAUCAGUAAACUUCAGGACCUGUUUUCCUUUUAAGUGAUUCAUGUCUACAGGAUUUUACAUUUGAAAUAAAACUUACACUUUGCUAUUUUUAAGUAGAGUAGCUCGUACCUUAAGUGAUAAACUCUUUUGCAGACUACUUCUUGCUGUUGAAUUCAGAAUUUUUCAAAACUAUGUGAAUCUGUUUGUUAUUCAGAAUUGGUUAUAUAGUCUAGUCAGAAUAUGGGGGUUUAGGACCUUCAGCUCUGUAUAGCUUAUUUUGUGAAAUAGUCUUCAUUAUUUAUGGGUAAUAUUUCUGUUCCUAUAAUUACCUGAGUAAAAGGCUAUGGUACUUAGAGUUUCAUUAAACAUGUUAAGUGUU